AUGAAGAGAGAGAGAGACAGAGAGGAGAGCAGAAAAGAUAACACUGGCUUGCCUCCGUUCAGGGGAAGAGCUGGAAGACAGAGAGGAGGAGAAACUCUGUCACUGAACGAGUGCUGGAGCAGGAGCGAGUAAGUGAGUGAAGAAGUGAGAAAGAGGAGGAGAGGAAACUGUCCUGAACAAGGGGAAUGGUAGAUGUGUUGAGUUCCAGUGAUGGAAUCUGUGUGUUGCUGCUGCUGUGUGAUGAUGAUGAUGAUGAUGUGUGUCUAGAGUGGAGGGUGGAUAAAACUCUUUGAAGCUAUGAAAAGGGGGCUGGAGCUGUGGGGGUUGGACAAAUGUGACACCCCUUGAGACUCUUUAGAACAAUAAGGAGCUGUCUUUCCCCUGAGAAGGGGAGGGGGGUUGUGAGGGCAUGGUGUGUGUUUGGUGGUGGUGGGGAGGGAGAGUGGCUGCUUGUCUUGCUGAGACUGGGGGGGGGGGGGGGGGGGCUGGGCUGGUGCUUCGAGAGUGCAGGGCUUUCCCAGAGAGACCAAUGCUCCCAUGCUGGGGUGUGUGUGUGUUUGUGUGUCUCUCUCUCUCUCUCUCUGUGUGUGUGUGUGUGUGUGUGUGUUUGCGUAUGACUGCAUGUGCGUGUAUGAGGGGGGGGGGGGGGGGGGGGGGGGGGUCCUAAGGGGGUGGGGGGCAGAGAUCUGCCAUAGGAAUGGCUAGUGAAGAGAGGACAGAUAAGGGAGGAGAGGGGGGGACUAGCCCCUGUUGCACCCACCUGAUUCUUCUCCAGUUUGACAGCUUUAUCCGAACACACUGUCAGCUGGCACACCCCAUGCCGAGCCUGCCCCACUGCCUUCCUGUGAAUUAUUGAACAGACUGAAAGAAAAAAAGAGAGAGAAAGAGAGAGAGAGAAAGAGGGGGGACACUGCACCAUUCCUCAACAUCCAGACAGACAGACAGACAUACAGACACAAACGCACACAUCUAGAUGUACUCACACAUUCACUCUUAAUCGUGAUCACACACAAUUGAACAAUGACAUGUGCGAAGAGAAAUGAAAAUUCCAAUAAAAAAACAUGUAUACACACAGACGCACACACACAUACACAGAUGCACUGGACAUGACCAACCCACAAAACAAUUCACAGGGGUCAGCCUGCACAUUGCACAUUAGAGCAUUGCUCAGUUGAGCGUGUGCUAAUGCUGCUGCCUCCUUUGUGCCUGUAUACAUGUCCACUGAGAAGCUCUAUCCCCUCUCUGUCUCAUAGGGGGCGCUAAUAGGCUAUAUCCGCCUGCCUGCCCAUGUUCCGUGCCUUGGCGCUGGCUUUGUCAGAGUCUCUGGUGUUUAUUCCUGUGUGCCUGUAGGGCAUGGGGAGGAUUGGCACAUCUAUAAAGAUAUGCCCCCCUCCCUUUGCAUGGCACACACUUCCUCUCUUCUCUCUCUUUGUGUCUGAGAGUCAGGAAGAGAUUGUGUGUUGGUUACGGAUUGCAUCAGAUGCUGAGGGAGAAAGAGAGAGCGAGGGAGUGAGAGAGAGAGAGGGAGAAAGAGAAACAGAGCGAGGGAGUGAGAGAGAGAGAGGAAGAGACAGAGAAGGGAGAGAGCGAAAGGGAGAGAGAGAUGGAGAUAGAGGGAUGGAGAGAGAGAUAUCUGUGGAGAGUUAAAAUAUAUAUAUAUAAAUGAAGCAUUACCAGAGACAGCUGAAUGAUUGGAGUGUAUUGAAGUCUCAGGCAGCCAGGCUUCUCCUCCUCUCCUAGACUCUAUGCAUGCUAAACAUAGACAUUUAUUCAGCUGCACUACCUUCAUUCCAUAUGGUGAUAUGCAUACAGACACUUUACAGUUUGUUCACGAUUCAGUGGUGAGGGGCAAAGUUAUUCUCUGGUCCUCUCAACUCACUGUCUGUUUCUGUUUGCCAGACAAAGAAUUCCCCUUUUUAGGUACUGUACAAUGUGGGUUUUGUAGUGUGUAAGAUAAUGUAUUUUUCUUUGCAUACCAACACUGCAAAUGUGUGUAUGAAUAUUGGUGUGUGUGUAUGUGUAUGUGUAUGAGUAUGUGUGUGUGUGUGUGCAUUUGCAUGCAUGUGUUUUUACAGUGUGUGUGUGCAUGCAUGUGUGAUGCUCCUGGCGUAACGCUGUCUGGAUGGCUUCCCUCGCUCCCCUCUCCCCUCGGCCAGGAGGGAGCCAAUGACAUUGAGACAUUAGCCAUCUCCCUGGCAACGGACAUUUGCUGUCAGGCUAUAUCACAAGGUCACACCGCUACCUCAGGAAAGUAAAAAAACGGAGAACUCUCUCCCUCCCCUUCUCUUCCCCCCUUUCUCCUCUCCCUCUCCCCUCCGUCCUCCCCUUUCCCAAAGCUGUCUCUCCCAGCUCUCUCCCUCCCCUCUCUCCCACAUCCUUCCUCCCCCUCCCCAUCCAGAGAGAUUCAUCUCAGAGUGGCAUGUUAAUUGUUUCCGAUUGCGUGUGGCUGAGAGGAUGGAACAGAUCACUGGCAGUUCAUUCUGCUGGCUUGACUGCCUCAGUGAUUGUGGCACACUGCUAAGGGGUGAGGAGGACUCUGAGCUAAGCCUGGCGUGUGUUUGUGUGUGUGCGCUUGAGUGUGUGUGUGCAUGUGCACGUGUGUGUGUAGGGCUCCCGGUGCAGCGCAGGCGUGUGCAUCCAGUGGUUUUCGUGGUGACAGACUCGUACACGCUUAGAAAAAAAUCUACAAACUAAAAGGGUUCUUAAGCUGGCCCCAUAGGACAGUGGUCAUCAACCUUUUCUGAGUCAAGAUCACUUUCUGAGUCCAAAAGCAUACAGUGAGGGAAAAAAGUAUUUGAUCCCCUGCUGAUUUUGUACGUUUGCCCACUGACAAAGACAUGAUCAGUGUAUAAUUUUAAUGGUAGGUUUAUUUGAACAGUGAGAGACAGAACAACAAAAACAAAAUCCAGAAAAACGCAUGUCAAAAAUGGGAAAUAAGUAUCUCAAUCAGAAAGAUUUCUGGCUCCCAGGUGUCUUUUAUACAGGUAACGAGCUGAGAUUAGGAGCACACUCUUAAAGGGAGUGCUCCUAAUCUCAGUUUGUUACCUGUAUAAAAUACACCUGUCCACAGAAGCAAUCAAUCAAUCAGAUUCCAAACUCUCCACCAUGGCCAAGACCAAAGAGCUCUCCAAGGAUGUCAGGGACAAGAUUGUAGACCUACACAAGGCUGGAAUGGGCUACAAGACCAUCGCCAAGCAGCUUGGUGAGAAGUUGACAACAGUUGGUGCGAUUAUUCGCAAAUGGAAGAAACACAAAAGACCUGUCAAUCUCCCUCGGCCUGGGGCUCCAUGCAAGAUCUCACCUCGUGGAGUUGCAAUGAUCAUGAGAACGGUGAGGAAUCAGCCCAGAACUACACGGUAGGAUCUUGUCAAUAAUCUCAAGGCAGCUGGGACCAUAGUCACCAAGAAAACAAUUGGUAACACACUAAGCCGUGAAGGAAUGAAAUCCUGCAGCACCCGCAAGGUCCCCCCUGCUCAAGAAAGCACAUAUACAGGCCCGUCUGAAGUUUGCCAAUGAACAUCUGAAUGAUUCAGAGGAGAACUGGGUGAAAGUGUUGUGGUCAGAUGAGACCAAAAUCGAGCUCUUUGGCAUCAACUCAACUCGCCGUGUUUGGAGGAGGAGGAAUGCUGCCUAUGAUCCCAAGAACACCAUCCCCACCGUCAAAGAUGGAGGUGGAAACAUUAUGCUUUGGGGGUGUUUUUCUGCUAAGGGGACAGGACAACUUCACCGCAUCAAAGGGACGAUGGACGGGGCCAUGUACCGUCAAACACACGGCCAAGGCAACGAAGGAGUGGCUCAAGAAGAAGCACAUUAAGGUCCUGGAGUGGCCUAGCCAGUCUCCAGACCUUAAUCCCAAAGAAAAUCUGUGGAGGGAGCUGAAGGUUCGAGUUGCCAAACGUCAGCCUCGAAACCUUAAUGACUUGGAGAAGAUCUGCAAAGAAGAGUGGGACAAAAUCCCUCCUGAGAUGUGUGCAAACCUGGUGGCCAACUACAAGAAACGUCAGACCUCUGUGAUUGCCAACAAGGGUUUUGCCACCAAGUACUAAGUCAUGUUUUGCAGAGGGGUCAAAUACUUAUUUCCCUCAUUAAUAUGCAAAUAAAUGUAUAACAUUUUUUACAUGCGUUUUUCAGGAUUUUUUGUUGUUGUUAUUCUGUCUCUCACUGUUCAAAUAAACCUACCAUUAAAAUUAUAGACUGAUCAUGUCUUUGUCAGUGGGCAAACGUACAAAAUCAGCAGGGGAUCAAAUACUUUUUUCCCUCACUGUAUAUAUAUAUUUUUUUACAUAACUUAAAAAACAUAAGCCUAUGCAACAUUAACAUAGUCCCAAUACAUUAUCACUGCAUAUUGGCUAUGCUUGAACUGCCCUGCCAAUGUUGUUCUUCUCAGACCAUUUUGAAAUUAUAUUUUAGGUAAAUGAUCACACUGGUACUAAAUAAUUUGUUUUAUUACUUGUGAGGCACAGCUGAACGUGCAAAAUAAUUUGCUUUUUUAAAUUUUACUGGACUGAUGCCCUGGAUCUAAUGGUCAGCCUGAGGGAGGGAGGGAGGGAGGGAGAGAGCAGCGGUGAAGCUGCCUCUCACCCAAAUCACCGUCCCUCUGCUCUCCCUCCCUCCAUUGAGAAAAGGGGACACAGUCUUCAAGUUGAUGGUGAAACUCAAGUCGCACUGCAUUAUUUCUGCCUCAUGCACUAAUUCAUGUUGUUACUCCUAUGACCAGAGAAAGUGAAAUAUUCCUUGAUAUUAAAAAAGACACAAGCCGCUAAUAACAACAACUCAAGCUUAUCGAAACACUUUGCUAUACUCAUUCAUUUCAGCUGCAGUGCUGGUUGUAGUGUGAGUGGAAGUACGGAGAAUGCACAUUUUAUGGCUUAUAAAAGUUUUGAACAAAGUGUUGACAGUGCUGAAUAACAACUUAAACAUGAACUUACUUAUAAAACAGCAGCUCUUUGCUGUAUUCAUUUAGUCUCUCAGGGUUUUAAAAGUUUUGAAAUCUCACAGUAUCAACUUUGCUGUUCACUUGAGACUUCUUUGUACAGCCUAUGGAUCGAGGAAACUGUGCAGACAUGGUGAUCCAAGCUAUAUUUGCUCUCUGGGCCUGCCGGGUAUGCGGAGUUCUACCUUCAGACACAUGAAAUGGUUCAAAAUGGGAAGACUUUGCCUUCCCGGUGCUAGGGCUGCUGAAUCAAGUGCACCUACCGGCAACAGUGCUAAACAUACAAACACAAAUAGGAACGCAAAGCUUUAUCGUUGUUGUUUUUUACAGAAAUGUUUGGUGAUCGACUAGGAAUGCCUUGGAGAUCGCAAUCGACUGGUUGGUGACCACUGCCAUAUGAGAACCCUUUGAAGGGGGCUCUACUUGGAACCUAAAAGGGAUCUACCUGGAACCAAAAAGGAUUGUACCUAGAACCAAAAAGGGUUCUCCUAUGGGGACAGCAGAAGAACCCUUUUGGAACCUUUUAUUCUAAGUGUAGGGUAGGGUUGGGUGGAUCAGUCACUUCACACAAAGUUUCCCUCCUUUUUAGUGACAGGCUCUCUUCGUGGGAUACUGCUCAGUUUAGCCCCCUUUCAAGUGGAAGAUGACUGAAGAGCAUGGACAGAAAGAAGCAGAGAUCACACUAUGCCUUUUUCUGCCAGUGAUUCAACAACCAGCAUGUUACAUACUGCUGCUUAGAAAUGCUAGUAAUGGCCUCUGCAUUUGCUCUUAAUUUCUCUUCAUUUGUAUGUGAUCAGGUUAAUUCAUUGUGGUUCACAUCAGAAUUGUAAAGGAUAGGAUGAAUGUAUCAUAGAAAACACACACUGAUUUAUUUCUCAGAGAGGAUCAUGCCUCAUCAAUUUACCACUGAGUGACUCAAUGCACCAUGAUGACUCACAGACAUAUUACUGUUCAACUGAAGAACAACACUACUGGGGAAUGUAAUAAUACCAGAUGUCGUGACCUGUGAUCAUGCUAGACUUGUUUUUGACACCAUCAGGUUUGGGAUCAGAAUUGUUUCAAUUCUAGCAGAAAUUCUGGUUGAAAUUCUUACAUGCAAAAUGUGGACAAAAUUUGAAGUAUUUUCCUAUCUCACACGUAAUCUUUUCCCCUAUCGCGCCCUCAUUGUCACAUGAUGUGGCCCCUAGCUGCCCACCUCCCCACCUCCACCACCACACUCUCAAUCCUUUAAUAGGCUCAUUUAUUGAGUGACAAAAAGCAGAGGGAAACAUUUCCUUUAUCCUCAGUGAUUCCAAUAGCGUCAGUAAACACCUCAGUCACUGAGGAGAGAGAGGGGAUCAAUAGAAAUAAAGAUGAUAUAUCACACCAGCACAGCAGCCACCGCAUCCUCCUUUCAUAGCUAUGCUCUCCAAUGUGUACAGUUGAAGUCGGAAGUUUACAUACACUUAGGUUGGAGUCAUUAAAACUCGUAUUUCAACCACUCCACACGUUUUUUGUUAACAAACUAUCGUUUUGGCAAGUCGGUUAGGACAUCUACUUUGUGAAUGACACAAGUCAUUUUUCCAACAAUUGUUUACAGACAGAUUAUUUCACUUAUAAUUCACUGUAUCGCAAUUCCAGUGGUCAGAAGUUUACAUACACUAAGUUGACUGUGCCUUUAAACAGCUUGGAAAAUUCCAGAAAAUUAUGUAAUGGCUUUAGAAGCUUCUGAUAGGCUAAUUGACAUAAUUUGAGUCAAUUGGAAGUGUACCUGUGGAUGUAUUUCAAGGCCUACCUUCAAACUCAGUGCCUCUUUGCUUGACAUCAUGGGAAAAUCAAAAGAAAUCAGCCAAGACCUUAGAAAACAAAUUGUAGACCUCCACAAGUCUGGUUCAUCCUUGGGAGCAAUUUCCAAACGCCUGAAGGUACCACGUUCAUCUGUACAAACAAUAGUACGCAAGUAUAAACACCAUGGGACCACGCAGCCGUCAUACCGCUCAGAAAGGAGAUGCGUUCUGUCUCCUAGAGAUGAACGUACUUUGGUGGAAAAGUGCAAAUAAAUCCCAGAACAACAGCAAAGGACCUUGUGAAGAUGCUGGAGGAAACGGGUACAAAAUGAUCUAUAUCCACAGUUAAACUAGUCCUAUAUUGACAUAACCUGAAAGGCCGCUCAGCAAGGAAGAAGCCACUGCUCCAAAACCGCCAUAAAAAAGCCAGACUACAGUUUGCAACUGCACAUGGGGACAAAGAUCGUACUUUUUGGAGAAAUGUCCUCUGGUCUGAUGAAACAAAAAUAUAACUGUUUGGCCAUAAUGAGCAUUGUUAUGUUUGGAGGAAAAAGGGGUAGAAUUGCAAGCCGAAGAACACCAUCCCAACCGUGAAGCACGGGGGUGGCAGCAUCAUGCUGUGGGGGUGCUUUGCUGCAGGAGGGACUGGUGCACUUCACAAAAUAGAUGGGAUCAUGAGGAAGGGAAAUUAUGUGGAUAUAUUGAAGUAACAUCUCAAGACAUCAGUCAGGAAGUUAAAGCUUGGUCGCAAAUGGGUCUUCCAAAUGGACAAUGACCCCAAGCAUACUUCCAAAGUUGUGGCAAAAUGGCUUAAGGACAACAAAGUCAAGGUAUUGGAGUGGCCAUCACAAAGCCCUGACCUCAAUCCUACAGAAAAUGUGUGGGCAGAACUCAAAAAGUGUGUGCGCGCAAGGUGGCCUACAAACCUGACUCAGUUACACCAGCUCUGUCAGGAGGAAUGGGCCAAAAUUCACCCACCUUAUUGUGGGAAGCUUGUGGAAAGCUACCUGAAACGUUUGACCCAAGUUAAACAAUUUAAAGGCAAUGCUACCAAAUACUAAUUGAGUGUAUGUAAACUUCUGUCCCACUGGGAAUGUGAUGAAAGAAAUAAAAAGCUGAAAUAAAUCAUUCUCCCUACUAUUAUUCUAACAUUUCGCAUUCUUAAAAUAAAGUGGUGAUCCUAACUGACCUAAAACAGGGAAUAUUUACUAGGAUUAAAUGUCAGGAAUUGUGAAAAACUGAGUUUAAAUGUAUUUGGCUAUGGUGUAUGUAAACUUCUGACUUCAACUGUAGGUAAAUUCUGUCUAGCUUGCUAAUAUCUGUUGACUGUAGGCUAUUUACCAUCUACAGAGACUUUCCUUAAGCCCCUGGUUCCUGUAUUAUAUUAAAUACAGCAUAUGAUAAUGUACGUCAUUCCAGUUUGCACACUGUCUAUCUACAACACUGACCACUAAAAACACUCAAAUAAAAUAGUAAUGAGCAUUAUUUCCACUUGAUAUCAAUGUGUGCUAGUCUGGGUGCCAGUCUUUUUAGCUAACAUUUCACUCCUUGCCACUCCUGUCAUUUGUCAAAUGACAAGACUGGCAAGGAGUGGAAUGUAAUUGCUAGCUGAACAGAGAUGGUAACCAGGCUAAAUGUGUGGUGCUUUUGUUUGAUCUUUUAAAAGGACACUGGUGUGUGUAGAGUGUAUGUACAUGACAUGUACAACUAAUGUGUCCUUGAACCAGGAGUCACCUCAUUCGACAGCAGCAGCAGCAGUAGCAGCAGCAGCCAUAUAAAUGGCUCUCUGUGUGUUCAAGUGCUAACAUUGUGCUAGCUAGCAGCAAAACAGGCUAAGACCACCCACCAGGCAGCCAAUGAAUUAUGCAGAAGGCUGGGUGGCUGCAUUCUCCUGAUUUCCUGGUUAAUAUGAGAGGUGUUGGGAAGGGAUGGGAUGGGAAAGGUAACAGAGGGCCUUCCUAUUGGUCAUUGUCACUUUACAAGCCAAAGUCGGGUCAGUCAAGUGGUGGAACUGAUUAGUGGGGAUCAUUGGCUGGAGAUUCACAUUUCGCUAGUCAGUAUAAAUCCACAUGGUGUGCUUAAUAUGCAUAUGAGUGUGGAUAAUGAAAUCUAGCAAGAACACAAUCUCAUUACUCUCCCCUAUAUUAUUAUCUCUCUCUCUCUCUCGCUCUAGUUACAUAAAGUCUACCUGUGUGCAAUCUAAGUGUCACAUGAUCUGUCACAUGAUCUCAGUAUAUAUACACCUGUUCUGAAAGGCCGCAGAAUCUGCAACACCACUAAGCAAGGGGCACCACCAAGCAAGCGGCACCAUGAAGACCAAGCAGCUCUCCAAACAGGUCAGGGACAAAGUUGUGGAGAAGUACAGAUCAGGGUUGGGUUAUAAAAAAAUAUCCGAAACUUUGAACAUCCCACGGAGCACCAUAAAAUCCAUUAUUAAAAAAUGGAACGAAUAUGGCACCACAACAAACCUGCCAAGAGAGGGCCGCCCACCAAAACUCACGGACCAGGCAAGGAGGGCAUUAAUCAGAGAGGCAACAAAGAGACAAAAGACAACCCUGAAGGAGCUGCAAAGCUCCACAGCGGAGAUUGGAGUAUCUGUCCAUAGGACCACUUUAAGCCAUACACUCCACAGAGCUGGGUUUUACAGAAGAGUGGCCAGAAAAAAGCCAUUGUUUAAAGACAAAAAUAAGCAAACACGUUUGGUGUUCGCCAAAAGGCAUGUGGGAGACUCCCCAAACAUAUGGAAGAAGGUACUCUGGUCAGAUGAGACUAAAAUUAAGCUUUUUGGCCAUCAAGGAAAAUGCUAUGUCUGGCACAAACCCAACACCUCUCAUCACCCCGAGAACACCAUCCCCACAGUGAAGCAUGGUGGUGGGAGCAUCAUGCUGUGGGGAUGUUUUUCAUCAGCAGGGACUGGGAAACUGGUCAGAAUUGAAGGAAUGAUGGAUGGCGCUAAAUACAGGGAAAUUCUUGAGGGAAACCUGUUUCAGUCUUCCAGAGAUUUGAGACAGGGACGGAGGUUCACCUUCCAGCAGGACUGCCAUAUGAGAACCCUUUGACUGCCAAUGACCAUAAGCAUACUGCUAAAGCAACACUUGAGUGGUUUAAGGGGAAACAUUUAAAUGACUUGGAAUGGCCUAGUCAAAGCCCAGACCUCAAUCCAAUUGAGAAUCUGUCGUAUUACUUAAAGAUUGCUGUACACCAGCGGAACCUAUCCAAUUUGAAGGAGCUGGAGCAGUUUUGCUUUGAAGAAUGGGCAAAAAUCCCAGUGGCUAGAUGUGCCAAGCUUAUAGAGACAUACCCCAAGAGACUUGCAUAUUGUGUAAAUCAAAUGAUUCAAACCCCCAAAAAAUCCAUUUUAAUUCCAGGUUGUAAGGCAACAAAAUAGGAAAAAUGCCAAGGGGGGUGAAUACUUCCGCAAGCCACUGUAUAUGGGUCAUUCCACGAAUUCGCUGCCUUUUGAGAGGUGUAACCUAAUUUUAACAUUUUGUCAUAAAGAGCACAACUUCAUAAAAAACAGGUUUUCCCAUCACAAGAGGUUAAAUAAUAAUUACUGUAGUAAGUGCCUAUUAAGUGCCAAAUAAAGUAACAGGGUUGACCAGAACAGGGUUGACGAGUUCACCUUAAAUCAAAUCAAAUUUAAUUUGUCAAAUGUGCCGAAUACAACGGGUUUAGAUGUUACCGUGAAAUGCUUGCUUACGAGCCCUUCCUAACAAUGCAGAGUUAAACAUUUUCUUUUUUUAAGUAACACAAAAGGAAUAAAAUACAAUCAGCAAUUAAUCCCCUUGUGACAGGGGGAAUGGAAGCUUGUUGUGUGCAACAGGGUGUGGGAAUUAAAUGCAACCUUCACCCAAACAUUUAAAUUGUUAAAACAUUUCUAGCCUGUCUAUCUAUGGGUAACAGAGUUUACGUGUUAUGCUCGACCCACUCAGUUUUCCACCACAGAACACCAGAAAAUGGCCAGCUCACCUGCUUUUACACUAGAUUUGACUAUUAGAUGUGCAAUGUUUCUUUUGAAAAUAUAUUUUAAAAGGAAUAGUUUCAUCAUAUUAAAACAAGAGUUCAGUUUACGUAACAGGGUUGGCCUUAAAAUGAGUGACAGACGUAUGUGAAUCACUUAUCAACAUGAAAUAAAUAAUUUUCACAAUAUACUUUCUCAAAGCAACAAAAUAACUAGGGCUUUACAAUGAUGGUGAAAACUAGGAGAACUCUUGGGGUUAAGUGGGUUAAAAUCUAGAAGUCACAGAUGGUGCAGUAUCUUGGCACUUUAGCAAGUCUCUAUUCAUAUUAAAAAUCAGAUUGAUUUAAUUCUCCAUGUGGUCUAUAUUAAAGGGCACUUCAUUUAAUAUAACAGGCUUUUAAAAGUCAAUAUUGGUGCACAAUUUCUACUUAAAAUAUCAAAGGGAUUCAAAAGGCACUCAUUUCGUGGAACGACCCAGAUGAAGUGGCUGUGUAUGGGUCCUGUCCUGCUCUGCAGUGUCUGAAUGAUUUGAGCAUAAAAGCAUUAAUUGUGCUCACUACCAAGCCAUUAAACCUGGCUGUGAUAUCAGCUUUAAGUGCGGAGGAAUCUGAGAGUGUGUGGCGUUGAAUUAUUCACCUCUCCCUCUCCUCUUUCUCUCCUUCUCUCUCUCCCCCUUUUCUCACUAGCUCACCUGUUCUCUCCUCUCUCUAGCGCUCUCUUUCUCUCCUUGCGGCUCUCACUCCCGCUCCGCUCUCUCUACCUCCCUCUCUCUACCUCCCUCUCUCUACCUCCAGUGCUGUCAGCCCAAGGGCUAGGCUCCACCAUCACUCCUGUUCAUUUAUUAAUACCCGGCUUAUACAGCACAAAGCACAUCUCCGCCUAGCCUGCCUUCCUGCCUGCCUGCCACUGAUCAUCGUAUGGCACACGGCACUGCGUAAGCACCCCCUAGAAAGCAGGCAGGGAACCCAGUGUCCACGCACACUGACACACACACGCUUACUCUGCAGGAAAAUGCCCUUUGGAAAGGACAGGCUGCAUCAAUCUCACGGUUAUAAGAUCCUCUAGUUUUGUAGUUGCUCUGGUGGUCAGUCAAGUGCCAUUUUGAUCUUGUCGGUCUGUUGUUGCUUGAAAUGGAGCAAAGCAUUAUCUUAUGAUUGUUGUGAUUACAUGCAUUGUCAUUAUUGUUAUCAUGCCCCAUAUUGUGGAAGUAUUUGGUACAGUAUAACCACUGUAUGUGCACCAGUAGAUUUACCAAGAUUUACCAAGCGCAGUUAGCCAGUCUGUCUGGGUUGUAGACUUUCAGCUCACGUCCCACUGCCACGCUGCCACGCUGUUGAAAUAUGAAAAGACUCAGCCAGUGUUCUGACUGCUGGAUGUUUCACUUCCUCAGUAGAGACGAGGAGGGAGGAGAAAAGCCAGCUAGUUAGCUGGCCGGUGAUUUUUUGGUCUGAACAUUUUUCAUGGAAAUGUCCCGCUCUCUCCUGCUUUGGCUGUGGUCAGGAGAAAGGGUCAUGGGGGAGUCAUGGAAAGGACUAAUGUGUGUUUUCAUAGGCAGCCCUUGUAAAAAACGAGCAGGCCAGGAGAUUUUAUCCUGCUUGAGUAUAAACAGGGGGGUUGACUGUUGAGUAAACAGAAUUACCAACGUGAAGAGGAAAUUGCGGGCGCUGCUUACACAGACUUAUUAAACGUGUGUAGAGGCAGUGGAAUUGGAGACACUCCAGAGGUGAUAGAAAGUGUAUGAGAGGAGAAUUGUCAAAGUUAUAGAGUCUAUAGUCCCAUGUGGCUCAGUUGGUAGAGCAUGGCGCUUGCAAUGCCAGGGUUUGAUUACCAAAGGGGACCAGAAUGAAAAAAUACAAAAAUGCACUUAGGAUAAGAGUGUGUCUAAGAUGUAGAUUGUAUUUAUGAUUGGUUGAUAAAGUGUUUAUUUUCAGUAUGUAAAACUAAGGGGAACAAUAAAAACAGAGGACUAUUUUGUCUUAAGUAUUUUUCAUUUGGCCUCCUAGCAAAUAGAAAUCUGAAAACUAGAGCUGACAAUUUAGAAGAAGUUUAGCAAACCCUCCAAACAUUCUUACUGUCAUUCUUACAUUAUACUGUUCCCUACAGUAGGAUAAGUAUUGUACCCAUACUGCAUUAUGUUGUACAGGACUGUAUCCCAAACGCCUGUGAGCUGUUGCCCACUCAUAUGGAUGGGUUCACACUGGUCAGUGAUGCACAGUCACCAUAGGGAGGCAGCAUCAGACAACAAAGCAUGCUUUUCAUACAGUAGGCCCAAGGUUGGGCCCAAUUGGGCUGUGUGUGUAUGUGUGUGUGUGUGUGUGUGUGUGUGUGUGUGUGUGUGUGUGUGUGUGUGUGUGUGUGUGUGUGUGUGUGUGUGUGUGUGUUUUUCAGUGUGUGUGUGCUGUGUGUGUGUGUGUGUGUGUGUGUGUUGUUGGCGGGCUGGACUGAACUCUUGACAUCCAGGCUCUGUCGCAGCCGGCCGCGACCGGGAGACUCAUGGGCGGCGCACAAUUGGCCCAGCGUCGUCCAGGAUAGGGGAGGGAAUGGCCGGCAGGGAUGUAGCUCAGUUGAUAGAGCAUGGCGUUUGCAACGCCAGGGUUGUGGGUUCGAUUCCCACGGGGGGGCAGUAUUAAAAAAAUAUGUAUUCACUAACUAUAAGUCGCUCUGGAUAAGAGCGUCUGCUAAAUGACUAAAAUGUAAAAUGUAAAUGUUGACUACAGACUGUCCCCCGAAGGUGCCCCUCACGGUUUAAAUAGCUCUUUAUAUGGCAUUAAGUGAGGGGGUGGAGGGGGAGAGACAUUGAAAAUAUAUUUUUUCAGACUCAUCUGCUGUAGAGAUCUAAAUGAUUGAGAUGGGAGGUGUAUUACUAUAGAAGAGAGGCCAGUGUGAGUUUCUUGGCCUGAUGCAGCAAUGGGAACAUCAGGAAGUGUGUGUGUGUGUGGUGUGUGUGUGUGCCUCAGUGUGUGUGAGUCUGGAUAGCAGUACUGGAACCGCCUGCUGUUAUGACGCUAUGUUUUUCUUGGUGAGCGUGAGGAAUGUUUAUAUAGGAGAGAAACUGGCCUCUCUCCCCAAUCGCUCAGCGCCAUCUUCAGGUCACAUCAACAGUGAAUAACAUUACUGUAACAAGAUACAAUACCUUUUGGCUCCCCGAGAUAUUGUCCUUAAUUCUAUUCCAAAAUAGCCUGUGUGUGGCUUUGGUAUCGGACACUGUAUUGAAUUGAUGAUCCAUUACGGCACUAACAUAGGCCAGUUUCCUCUGGGUACAGAGAUAUUGCAUAGGCACUGGCAGCGGGGUAAUCACAUGGAGGUUACAUGCUGGGUUUAUUGUCUGUUGAUGUAUAAAUAUGGCUAGCCAGGCGAUGGGGUUUAUAGAUAAAAAAUGUACAUUAAUGGAUCAAUCUCGUGGUUAAUGAUGUCCAGCCCACCCUCAGAUAUACAGUAGAUCGCAGUAAUGGGUUAGCUAUUACACAUGUGUGAUAAAGGAAAGACCACCGUGAUAAACUGCACCCAGGAAGCAUAGUAAAGAGUAGAGGCCAUACAUAAAGAUUACUAUAAUCAAUCAUAGGGAAAUUAGGAUUUAUCCCCACAAUAAGGACCUAUAUGUUGGAAGAUUAAUGAUAAGCCUAUAUGCUUUUAUGAAAAGCCAAGGUUUUUAAAAGACAAAUUAUACAGUUUUUUUCUUACCUACUGUAUGUAGAAAUCUGUAAGUCACAUUUGACUAAUUUGUAGUUUCCGUGUAUUUCAGUUACCCUAGUUAUCAAGUAACUACAUGCUAUAACAGCAACAUAUUGGAAAGUAUUGCCAGAAAUGUUGAAAUCUGUUCACUACGCUUUAACCCCAAAGAUCUCUGGCCAACAACUUUGCCAUGUUACUUGAUUGUACUUGACAGCUCCGAGCUGGCUACCCUCCAGAGUCUCUAUGCUGUAGGCCUAUGACUGAUGUUGUCUCUGUGUGGUCUCUGUCUCUACAGUGAGCACCUGUCGUGCUCCUUCACCUUCUUCCUGCAUGGGGAGAGUAAUGUGUGCACCAGCGUAGAAGUUGCCCAGCACCAGCCUGCCUACCACAUCACUGACGACCACACCUACCUGGCCCAGAUCUCCUCAGCCCCCGUACAAGGUGAGACACUCAGGGAGGCCAGAGAGACAUAGGAGCCCACCGACCACUGGAUGUCUUUACCCGCCUCUGUUUUAGCCUGAGCAUCACUGUCAUAACUAUGUGUAAUCAAAUCUCUGAAACUGAACAUGACAAUGGUCCUUUCUGAUAUAUUGCGCCUCUGUAGUCCUCUCUCUCUGUCUGUCUGUCUGUCUGUCUGUCUGUCUGUCUGUCUGUCUGUCUGUCUGUCUGUCUGUCUGUCUGUCUGUCUGUCUGUCUGUCUGUCUGUCUGUCUGUCUGUCUGUCUGUCUGUCUGUCUGUCUGUCUGUCUGUCUGUCUGUCUGUCUGUCUGUCUGUCUGUCUGUCUGUCUGUCUGUCUGUCUCUCUGUUCUGUCUAUCUACCUAUCUAUGUGUCUGUCCUCACAUCUGGAUGUCCAUCUACCUGACUCUCUGUCUGUCUGUCCAUCCCUCUAACCGUUACCUCUGUAGUGAUCUUGAGUCCGUACGGUCUGGCGGGCUCCCUGACGGGCCAGGCCUAUAAGAUGAGUGACCCAGCUGUAAGAAAACUGAUGGAGGAGUGGAGCUACUUCUACCCCAUGGUGCUGCAGCGCCACAGAGAAGGGGGCACAGGGGGCGCAGGCACGGGGGGCAUGGGCGCCGAGAGGGAGGGCACUGACCGACCAUAUGACCCACACAGCCAUGUGGCCGUCGAGGUCAUCGUAGGUGAGUACGGUGACGCUCAAAAAACUCUUGCCACCUUUGCAUGUAACUGAAUGGACACACUUUACUGUUUAUAUAUACACUGUAUAUGAACAAUAUGCUAUCGGUAAGAAUAAGCUAUUGGUCAAGUGUAUUGCUAUUGUGUUACUGAAAUAUAUUAUCAUUAUCAGACCAAAAGAGGGAACAACAGGAAACAACAGCAAUUUUAGUCUCAGCUUCGAUUAGUCAUUGUCUGUUUGAGGAUAAAUAAUACUGGAGGUGGUUAAUAAGUGGUGGAUUCAGAGUUCUUAAGGGACUAGUGUUGUCUCUCAGGGUGCAUUGAGGUAAGGAGUAAAGACUAGAGAAGAGGAGGUGAGGAAGGACUAGAGGAGAGGAGGAAAGACUGGAGGAGAGGAGGAAAGACUGGAGGAGAGAAAAUGAAAGUAGAAGAGAAGACAGGGGAGAAGAGGAGAGGAUACUUCAGUGAAGCUCCAGGGAGUGACAGACACACAGCACGGUCUAAUCAGCCCAUUGACUGGCUGCCUAACCCCUCAUCAUUGAUUAGGACUGCUUGAAAUCGGACCUCCCUAAGCCCCAGCACCAGCCAAGCAACUGUAGGCCAUGCAAGGAUAAGCUAAUGCACUGCAGCCCUGGGUGUAUAGGCUAUAGGAGAAGUGUGUGACGUAUAGGUCUGAGUGUUUGGAGGGGUUUAAACUAAACUCUUUCAUCUUCUUCUAGGUGGUGUGAGGAUGAUCUAUCCAGCAGCCUUUGUGCUGGUUGCCCAAGGCGACCUGCCUGUGGAGGAGCCCCCACCUGCACCAGGAGCCCAGGGGGCCAGCAGAGACCCCUCCCACUGCAGCAUCCCCCUCACCCCCCCCACCUCACCUGAACAGCCCUGCUCAGGUACUGAAACACACACACACACACACACACACACACACACACACUGACACGCAGGUGCUCACACACACUGUACACACAUGCUCAAGUGCAUACACAUUUGCGCUUAAAUAAACAUAGAGUACAUAAUCAAACACACAUACACCAUGUCACCACCAAAACUCCAGAACUUCACCCUAAAUAAUUGCAUUCCCAAAAUGGAUAACACAAUCUCUGAAUCAGCACUAUUAACUCAACAACAAAACAACUCAAUACUGCAAUCCAUAACUCAACUCUAAAUGCAAUACAAUCCAUAUAAUUGUCCCUAUCACUCAAUCCAUACACUUCAUAUGAAAUAACACACAGAGAAGUUACUAUAUUGAUUGCUUUGUGUAUUAUGGAGUCCUCAUCUAGAACAAAGUCUUUGAGAAUUGGGCUGAACAUACAGAUAUUUUGCUGAAGAUGUAAGACUACAGACAAAUGAGAUUGGUUUGUAACUCACUGAAACUGAAUCGUCAGCGUCCUAAUCCACGUUUAAUUAAGUCUGCUUGAUGAAAGUCUUACAAAUUAGGAGAUAAAACAGCUGAUACAAGCAAACAAACAAACACCGCUAUAGCUGCAGACUAAAUCUUGAGUGUCUUAUUGCAAUUUUUCAAUAGCUCAAGAGUCCUAGUAAAGUGUCUCCUGCCAUGCACUUUUAAAACAUCCACCCACAGCCUUGCCAAAGGAAGCAAACUCCAGUGAAUGAUGUCAUCUGUUGUUUAUUUCAGCGGACAGUGGCUUUGUGACAACAGUGUCCAGCGUCCUCCCUGCCCAGGAGAGUGCCAUGGGGGUCACCAACCACAGCCCAAAGCAUUCUGAGAAGAAACUGACCAAUCAGGUGGUGCAUCAGGCAUGGAAGGAGUGUUAUCUCAACCAACUGCAACACAAGUGAGUGUCCAGAGUGGCUGCUGGCUAAGCAGGGGCACAGAUCCAGACACAGCACUAUUUAUCUCCUGGCAUCUGCUGUGGCAUUGUUAUUGUUGAUGUGCAGUGACACGACUGGCGCCCUCACACCUCUCUGUGUGCCCAUAGAUGCAGUGUGCCCAAUAGCGUGACGCCAAAGAAGGAGGCGCCAAAUGGGGUGACCACCUGGGACUUCACCGACCCAGAGGAGAGGGCACCCUGCAGCUGCUCCAGGUUGGCACAGGGGUUGGCAUCAGGGGGUAGUGCCCCAGCCGUUUAGCACUGCAGCAUGGCACCAGCCAGCUAGACAUCUGGGCUUCAUUUUUAGGCAUUUCACUGCUUAUAACCGAAAGCCUGUUGCUACUUAUGUUAAGCAUAUUGAAAUAGAUUGUGUAGAAAUAAUGUGAACAUGGUGAAAAUAUAUUUAUUUGUAUUGAAUGUUGGUCUUUUGAAUGUUGGUAUUUUUUAUAUGAUUCAGAUAAGUUGGCACAAGUUGAACGUGUACAAUAUAUGGAACGUUUUAAAAACAGCAUCCUCACCUGCCACACCAGUUCUGUCUGCCAUCUGACCUUGUUUCUCUUCCUGAAGGUUAAAGCAGCAGAAACAGCAGCAGCAGACCAACACCUCCUCUGCCAACCCUCCGUCUGGUGCCAACAUCACCCCCUCCUCUGGCCCAGCCCUCCCCCCUCCCUCCCUGCCCAAGCACAAGGCCAUGGACAAGCCUGAGAAAGCCGACAAACAGCCGAAGAGAGCCGCCGCCAUGACCCCCUUCCACCACCGCCUCUCUGUGGGCCAGGAGGCCUGCCUGGAACAAGACUCAUCUGGAGGGUCCCAGCUCGGCCUAGUCGCCCUGGACCCUCCCCUGGAUCCCAUGCCCAGCUGCAAGUACACCAAGCCCCUCUCCACUGGCAGGAAAGCUCCAGAGUCCCUGCUCCACUCCCCUGUCUCCCCAUUACCCCCCACGCUCAGCCCCCAUCCACGGGUGGGACAGGACCCCGAGGUACUGGACGCCUCUCUGGGCAUGGCCCCCUGUCCGGAUGGGGCGUCAGGGAUGGGGGUGAUGGAGCCCAGUGAGACGGCUCUGUAUGCAGCCCCUCUGGGGCCCAGGGAGGCUGGGGCAGGCUGGUGGAGGGGCUUUAGGACUCCCAGAGCUGAUAAGGCUGAGUUCAGGCCUCCAGAGCUCCCCAGUGACAGAGUGGAAGUAAAGACAGAGACGCAGGCCACUGAGGGAGUUGCACUGAAGAGGUGAGAGAGCGAGAGAGAGAGCGAUCAGUGCAUUAAUGACUAAUUCAAAGACACAUACUUGAUCACUCUAAGUUUCCUUUCUCAUUUCCCUCCUCCCUCCAGACUAUUCAUGCAGACACAGAAGCGCUUCAAGAUCUCUGAGGAGUGUGUGAGGGAACACAUCCAGACCCUGGGUGUCCUGCAGCAGCCUGGGGUGGAGGGGCUGGGGGACCCUGGGGACGACCCCUACGACUUCAAGGAGGGAGACAUUGAGUACAGCUUCCCCACCUCCAAGAGACUGAAGGGCCAGGGCCGAGACCCCAGCAAAAGAGGCCCCAAAGUAUGGCUCUUGUUACCAGUGAAAGUUACAUUUGUUGCUUGACACCCAAGCUAGAAGGGGCGAAGAAACUAAAUACAGUGUGUCUGUCUUCCAGGGAGAGGAGAUCAGCAACGGUGCACUGCCUGAUGGGAAAGACGCCAUGUCAAUCUUUAGCUCUGCUCCCAAAGCUGGUGAGGAAUUGAAUGUUGACACCAUAUACAAAUUCUAUUCUAAAUUGAAAAUUUUUCCCAAAACAUUGAUCAUAGGGUGUGUUCUGAGCAUUGUGUUUGAGGGUCUUGUUUGUGCGUUUCUAGAUGAUGACUCACCACAGGACGACGAUGCGGCGGCCAAAGCCCAAAACCCUUCUCUAACCAGGGAGACUGAUCUGGUGGUCCUCAUCUCAGACCUGGAGAACAUCUUCGACGAGGAUGAGGAGGAACUUGGGGUGGGACACAUUCUAAGAAUUACUGGAUGUCUAAAAUCUGUUCCAUUUUCAUUCCCGCUUUACACAAAUGUAAUACACUCAACAUCACAAUGAUACAUAAUAUAUCUCAUUCAGCAAACACUUUUAUCCAAGGCUACUUACAUCUGUGUUGUAUAAUAAUUUAUAGACUGCUUGCCCCAACCAGCACACAGCCAGGGUCCUGGUAUCAGGAAGUGAAGAUCGGAGGGAGGGGAGGGUGGCUGUGCCCUAUCCUUCAAGUGAGUCCAGCUUUACAUGUACACAUGUUCAGCAGUUUGUUUGUUAUCUUAUGCAUGUUAUCUUAGCUGAAUUUAGCGUGACCUGGGAAAAAGUAUCUGUUUUUUCUACUCCUUCUAUCACAUCAUCACUGUCUAUGUCUCUCUCAUCUCUUGCUGUCCGUCUCUCUCUCUCUCUCUCUCUCUCUCUCUCUCUCUCUCUCUCUCUCUCUCUCUCUCUCUCUCUCUCCUCUAUUUCUCUCCACCCCUCAUCUCCUCCCCCCAUCCCGCUCUCUCUCCAUUCAGCAGUAGCAGACCUCCAGCGGAUGUUCCCCACACCCCCGUCCCUGGAGCAGCACCCGGCCUUCUCCCCCAUCAUGACAUACCGCGACACCCCCAGCCAAGAGCCCCCGGCCCCCUCGGGGGGCUCCGACCACCCCCUGGGCCCCCUGUCCUCCACCCAGCUCCAGGAGUACCGGAUGGAGGUGGAAGAGGGCAUGGCCAGUCCCAAACCUGAGGACAUCAAGGUGAGGCAUCACAGAAGCAAUGGGAAUGGACAUGAUUAAGUCUGUAGUAUGUGCAGAAAACCUACUGUAGAUUAUAGACAAUUAUGUUUGACUUUACCAUGUUCAAAAUAAUAUGUUUGACUUUGUAAAGUGAGAUGAGUCCCAUGAAAAGUGACACCAUGUAAUCUAUUGAUGUUGUCAAAUUGGUUGAUAUGGUUAGUGGUAAUAUGAUUAAUGAUAGAAUGGUGAAAAGGCUUAAAGGCCCAGUGCAGUCAAAAUUCAGUUUUUCCUGCGUUUUAAAUCAUAUUGUACAACAGCUGAUGAAACGAACGCUGUAAAAGUGUGAUUUAUUUUACCAGUGUUAUUUCCUUAUAGUUGCUGGUUGAAAAUAUAAUCUACACAGGACCUUCUAAUCAGCAGGUUUGCAUGGGCGGGAGUUUUGGCUUUCCAUGGUGACAUCACCAUGCGGUAAAUUGGUUAAUAGACCAAUAACAAAGAGAGUUCCAAACCUCUCCGCAAAUAACAUCUCAUUUACAGUUGUGUCUCACCACUUAGACCACUCCCAGACAGUCCCAUCAAAAUUCUGUCUAGAGAAAAAGUUAUUUGCAAAAAAAUUAUUUUUGCCAAUUUUAAUGGCAAUCUAUUGCAGUAAGGUACUUAAAGGUUACCCAGAAAUUAUUUUAAACUUAUAUAAAAACAUCUGCAUUGGGCCUUUAAAAUAAAGUAGCUACAGGGCACUAUGCAGCCUACCAGUGUUAAUGUAAACCUUACUGCCUGGUUUGAUCUUGUCUGAUGUUGCUGUAGCAUGUUUAUACUGUACCUGCUGGCCUGGCCUGCCAGGGGACUUACUGGUAUGUGGAACCAAAUACCUGAACCUCUCAAUACACCUCAAAUCUCACAAAGCCUGUUUGAACUUAUGACGGUGUUAAUUAAGUGCUAAUUGUCUCUCAUUGUGACCUGUUACUGUGGGAACACAUUUGCAAUGAGCUCUCCUUCCCCAUCCCCCUCUUCAGGACUUCUCAUUUGUGUACCGUGUCCCCUCCGUCCAGCCACAGAUGGGCUGCUCCAUGUUUGCUCCGCUGCGGACCCUCCCCAGCCAGUGUCUGCCCCCCCUCAAGGUGCCUGACCAGUGUUACUACCGGCCCUCCUGGGCCCUGCUGCCCAAGAUGGAGCACUACUCCUCCCUGCCGCCCUCUCAUCACGCCUCCUUCAUCAAAGAUGGAUAUGUGUAAGUACUGUACCAGGGCUGGUUCUAUUAAAAUAUUCAUUAAACGAUACCAUGCUGAAUUUACAGCUAUCAAUAAACUGUUAUGGAGGAGUUUUUAUGUACAGUAUAAUUUGAAGGUUUGGGGAUUUUGGUCUGUCUGAUUACCAAUUCCUUUGUGUGUGUGUCCUCCAGCAACGUCCCCAGUGUUGGGGACCAGGAGUAUGCCCAGAUGAGUGCCAGCGCCCUGUCCAUGGGCACCACCGGUGGCAUCCUCCCCUCGCCCUCCCCUGCCACCCCCCGCUUCUCUGUCCACACCCCUCGUACCCCCCGCACCCCCAGGGGCAUAGGCACGGCCAGCGGGCAGGGCUCGGUGAAGCAGGAGGGCACCGGGACAGAGCUGAGCUCCCCUGCCUCCACGCCCUCCACCAGCCUGCCUAUGAGCUCCGUAGCUGAGCCCCAUACGUCCGGCCCCCCAAUACCCGAGGCCCACAGCCUGUACGCCGCCCUGCUCCUCUCUGACUCGGUCCUCAACGUCUUCAAAGACCGCAACUUCGACAGCUGCUGCAUCUGCGCCUGCAACAUGAAUGUGAAGGGCGCCGACGUGGGUGUGUACAUCCCCGACUCCACGCUCGAGGACCAGUACCGCUGCAUGUGCGGCUUCAGCGCCAUCGUCAACCGUCGGCUGGCCCACGGCACAGGCCUCUUCCUGGAGGACGAGCUGGACAUCUUUGGUAGGGGCUCGGAGGUGGGCCAGGCGGCCGAGAGGAGACUGGCGCUGUGCCGCAGAGACCCACCCAUGGGAGACCCCCGGGCCAAGCGCCCCCAGGACUCCUCCCCUGCCCCUUCCUCUGUCAUGGUGCUCCUCCAGCAGCAGUGCUCCCAGCCCAUCUCCUCCCUGGCCUCCAUGCACCUCCCUCCUUCCUGCUCCUGCAACGGCCGCCAGGGAGCCCUGCUCCAGAGCUGGAUGUCUGACAAGCAGUGGGUGGAUGGCAGUGAUACGUGUGUGGAGUGUUACAACGCGCUGGUACAGGGGCAGCAGUAUGUGGAUAACCCCGCCGGAGGGAAAGUAGAUCCGGCUGUUGUGAGGAGCAGCGCUCUACACUCCUGGCCUCACACCAAUAGUAAGGAGGAGUGAUCUGGCUGGGAUAAUAAAAGGAUGCCAAAGGAUGAUACACUUUUAGAAAAAAUGUGCUACCUAGAACCUUAAAGGGUUCUUUCAGCUGUCCCCAUAAGAGAACCGUUUGAAGAACCCUUUUUGGUUCCAGGUAGAACCCUUUUUGGUUCCAUGUAGAACCACAGAGGGUUCUACAUGGAACCCAAAAGGGUUCUACCUGAAACCAAAAAGGGUUACCCUAUGGGGACAGCCGAAGAACCCUUUUGGAACCCUUUUUUCUAAGAGUGUAGUAGUAGGAGGAUGACAGUGGUGAUGUCUAUCUGUGGUGAACUGAUUACAGAAAAUUAUAGAGACAAAUGGCUUUUUUUAUUAUAAUGGAAAAACAAACAAGAUCAAUCCAUUCACUCAAAGUUCAAAUCCAUGUUUCUCUUUGUUAGUUUCGGACUGUUGUGUGAUGUGACGUUCAAUGUGUAUGACGUAUAUUUAUGUAAUGUAUGCAUUUGUGUGCGUGUGUGUUCUUGUGUGUGUAUGUGUGUGUGUUCUCGUGUGUGUGUGUGUCUCCUUGUCUCUCCCCAGUGCUGGACAUCAGUAUGCUGGCAUCCCAGGACGUGGUGCGUAUGCUGCUGUCCCUGCAGCCCUACCUCCAGGACGCCAUCCAGAAGAAACGGAUGGGCCGGACCUGGGAGAACAUCCAGCACGUACAGGGACCGCUCACAUGGCAACAGUUCCACAAGAUGGCUGGACGAGGCUCCUACGGUAAGCCACCAGGGACACUGUUCAUUUGAUGUCUCUAGUGAUUUGCUUUGUAGUGUAUUUUAGCAGCCACAUUAACUGUGGAUGACUUUGCGCCUGACUUUCGUCUGGAUUUCAGCAUGUGAUGUGAGAUGCGAAUUUAAGAUUAGGAGUUUAGGAGUAUGCCUGACAGAGUAGGCCCUACAUUAUAUUAUCAAUAUUGUCAGUACAAAGAUAUUUGAUUUGGUUUGCACUGUAUUUUAGCAGCCAUGUGAACUGGAUAAGAGCGUCUGCUAAAUGACUAAAAUGUAAAUGUAAAUGUAAACUGUUGGUGACUGGAUCAUGCUCUUAUGUCAAUGUAGUAGUAGGUCCUGUAUUAUAUUGAGAUUGCCAGUACAAGGAUAACAUGAGAAAUGUAAUCGAAUAAGACCAUUUUUCAAUUAGACCUCACCUCCUUUAACUAGUCCAGUCAAGCAUCCCAUAAUGCAUUACAUUGUCUCACAUGCAUCAUCUUUCUUCUGACCAGGGUCUGAGGAGUCGCCAGAGCCUCUGCCUAUUCCCACCCUGUUGUUGGGCUAUUACGACUACUACGACCGUAACUUCCUGGCGCUGUCGCCCCUGGCGCUGCCCUUCUGGGAGAAGCUGCUGUUGGAACCGUACGGGGGACAGAGAGACGUGGCCUUCCUGGUGCUCUGUCCCAACUCUGACACCCUGCUGGCCGGGGCACAAGUCUUCUUCCAGGAGCUCAGCGCUGUCUACGAGGUAGGUCCUGUCAUCUACUGUAUCACAACACUCUAGUCCAGUAAAUUCUUACUUGUUGUUUCUUUCAGAAUAUACCAUUAUUACCAAUAGAUGUAUGAAUGUGUGAAGACGUAUGAAAACAAGGUGAAAUACUGUGUAUGUGAUCUAUAGCCCUUGACCCCUACCUGUGUUCAUUUUCAGACAUGCCGGUUGGGGAAACACAGACCCCUGGCCAAGGUGUCCAAAGAUGGCCUGGUGCGUGUGGGGGCAGUGGACACAGAGACAGAAACAGAGAAGGAGAAAGAGAAGGAGAGGCAGGAGGAGGAGCAGGUAGGCCAGUGGUUCACAGGGCCCUGGGCUGGACCGCAACACAUCGACAACCUCAGAAAACUUCAACUCUACGCCCGAGCCUGCAGAAAGCAUCUAGGUGAGAAACUGAGCUUUAUGAGUGCAUUCUAUUUUAUUCUAUUCUAUUCUAUCAUUUAUGCUACUUAUUAACGCUCCCCUUGUGAUGUUUAUGUGAUGUAGACCUAACUCUCUAUAGAUACACUAUAUAUACAAAAGUAUGUGGACACACAGCCAUGCAAUCUCCAUAGACAAACAUUGGCAGUAGAAUGGCCUUACUGAAGAGCUCAGUGAUUUUCAACGUGGCACCGUCAUAGGAUGCCACCUUUCCAACAAGUCAGUUCGUCAAAUUUCUGCCCUGCUAGAGCUGUCCCGGUCAUGCUUCACCAUCUGGCAGUCCGACGGACGAAUCUGGGUUUGGCAGAUGCCAGGAGAAUGCUACCUGACCGAAUGCAUAGUGCCAACUGUAAAGUUUGGUGGAGGAGGAAUAAUGGUCUGAGGCUGUUUUUCAUGGUUCGGGCUAGGCCCCUUAGUUCCAGUGAAGGGAAAUCUUAACACUACAGCAUACAAUGACAUUCUAGACAAUUCUGUGCUUCCAACUUUGUGGCAACAGUUUGGGGGAGGCCCUUUCCUGUUUUAGCAUGACAAUGCCUCCAUGCACAAAGCGAGGUCCAUACAGAAAUGGUUUGUCGAGAUUGGUGUGGAAGAACUUGACUGGCCUGCACAGAGACCUGACCUCAACCUAAUCGAACACCUUUGGGAUGAAUUGGAACGCCGACUGCGAGCCAGGCCUAAUCGCCCAACAUCAGUGCCCGACCUCACUAAUGCUCUUGUGGCUGAAUGGAAGCAAGUCCCCGCAGCAAUGUUCCAACAUCUAGUGGGAAGCCUUCCCAGAAGAGUGGAGGCUGUUAUAGCAGCAAAGGGGGGACCAACUCCAUAUUAAUGUCAUUUACAUUUACAUUUACAUUUUUACAUUUACAAAUGUAAAUGUAAAUGUAAAAUGUAAAUGUAAUGUCCAUGACAUACUUUUGGUCAAUAAUUGUAUAAAUUGGUAUUACACUAACUACUCAAUGCAUUUCAACUCUAACUUCUCCUCUAUGUUUUCCUCUACCCAGGUCCACAGUUGUCUGCCCUAUCUUUGGACAGCAGUCUGUUUAUACCCCCCAAGCAUCAGCCUCACUUAGCCCCUACGCCCUCUUCAGCCCAGCCUGCCCCCUCCUCCAGCCAGCCCCCCUCUGGCCCCGGGGUCCCUGCUGAGGGAGAGCCAGCGACCCCCCCAGCAGCCCCUAGCUCAGGAAGCACCCGCACCCCCACCCCCACGGCAGCAGCCUCAUGCCAACCAGGCCCAGCAGAGAUUACCCAAGGAGGGGCCGCUGAGGCCAAGAGUACCCCCAACGCCACACUACCACCACUCCCACCUAGCCAGCCAGCAGAGACCCCUGAGAGGUGAAGAUCUAUGCUAGGGCAUAUAUGCUUCUACAGUGGGGAUAACAAGUAUUUGAUACACUGCCGAUUUUGCAGGUUUUCCUACUUACAAAGCAUGUAGAGGUCUGUAAUUUUUAUCAUAGGUACACUUCAACUGUGAGAGAUGGAAUCUAAAACAAAAAUCCAGAAAAUCACAUUGUAUGAUUUUUAAGUAAUUAAUUUGCAUUUUAUUACAUGACAUAAGUAUUUGAUACAUCAGAAAAGCAGAACUUAAUAUUUGGUACAGAAACCUUUGUUUGCAAUUACAGAGAUCAUAUGUUUCCUGUAGGUCUUGACCAGGUUUGCACACACUGCAGCAGGGAUUUUGGCCCACUCCUCCAUACAGACCUUCUCCAGAUCCUUCAGGUUUCGGGGCUGUCGCUGGGCAAUACGGACUUUCAGCUCCCUCCAAAGAUUUUCUAUUGGGUUCAGGUCUGGAGACUGGCUAGGCCACUCCAGGACCUUGAGAUGCUUCUUACGGAGCCACUCCUUAGUUGCCCUGGCUGUGUGUUUCGGGUCGUUGUCAUGCUGGAAGACCCAGCCACGACCCAUCUUCAAUGCUCUUACUAAGGGAAGGAGGUUGUUGGCCAAGAUCUCGCGAUACAUGGCCCCAUCCAUCCUCCCCUCAAUAUGGUGCAGUCGUCCUGUCCCCUUUGCAGAAAAGCAUCCCCAAAGAAUGAUGUUUCCACCUCCAUGCUUCACGGUUGGGAUGGUGUUCUUGGGGUUGUACUCAUCCUUCUUCUUCCUCCAAACACGGCGAGUGGAGUUUAGACCAAAAAGCUCUAUUUUUGUCUCAUCAGACCACAUGACCUUCUCCCAUUCCUCCUCUGGAUCAUCCAGAUGGUCAUUGGCAAACUUCAGACGGGCCUGGACAUGCGCUGGCUUGAGCAGCGGGACCUUGCGUGCGCUGCAGGAUUUUAAUCCAUGACGGCGAAGUGUGUUACUAAUGGUUUUCUUUGAGACUGUGGUCCCAGCUCUCUUCAGGUCAUUGACCAGGUCCUGCAGUGUAGUUCUGGGCUGAUCCCUCACCUUCCUCAUGAUCAUUGAUGCCCCAUGAGGUGAGAUCUUGCAUGGAGCCCCAGACCGAGGGUGAUUGACCGUCAUCUUGAACUUCUUCCAUUUUCUAAUAAUUGCGCCAACAGUUGUUGCCUUCUCACCAAGCUGCUUGCCUAUUGUCCUGUAGCCCAUCCCAGCCUUGUGCAGGUCUACAAUUUUAUCCCUGAUGUCCUUACACAGCUCUCUGGUCUUGGCCAUUGUGGAGAGGUUGGAGUCUGUUUUAUUGAGUGUGUGGACAGGUGUCUUUUAUACAGGUAACGAGUUCAAACAGGUGCAGUUAAUACAGGUAAUGAGUGGAGAACAGGAGGGCUUCUUAAAGAAAAACUAACAGGUCUGUGAGAGGCGGAAUUCUUACUGGUUGGUAUGUGAUCAAAUACUUAUGUCAUGCAAUAAAAUCCAAAUUAAUGAAUGUGAUUUUCUGGAUUUUUGUUUUAGAUUCCAUCUCUCACAGUUGAAGUGUACCUAUGAUAAACAUUACAGACCUCUACAUGCUUUGUAAGUAGGAAAACCUGCAAAAUCGGCAGUGUAUCAAAUACUUGUUCUCCCCACUGUAUAUUGCUAUUGAUACAAAGAUUGUGGGGGCUGUUUUGUUAGACUUCAGUGCGGCUUUUGACAUUAUCGAUCAUAGUCUUCUGCUGGAAAAAUGUAUGUGUUAUGGUUUUACACCCCCUGCUAUAAUGUGGAUAAAGAGUUACUUGUAUAACAGAACACAGAGGGUGUUCUUUAAUGGAUGCCUCUCAAACAGAAUCCAGGUAGAAUCAGGAAUUCCCAAGGGCAGCUGUCUAGGCCCCUUGCUUUUUUCCAUCUUUACUAACGACAUGCCGCUGGCUUUGAGUAAAGCCAGUGAUUCUAUGUAUGCAGAUGACUCAACACUAUACACGUCAGCUACUACAGAAACUGAAAUAACUGCAACACUUAACAAAGAGUUGCACUUAGUUUCGGAAUGGGUGGCAAGUGUAACCCUCUGUCAGUGGCUGAUGUGGAUGUGGUGUAGGAGUCAGGCGCAGGACACAGAAGCUACUUCCAACAGACUUUACUAGAAGACACGACAAUACAAAGAAAAGGGCCUCAACAAAACAAGGAGGCGAGCGAUUACGCAACAGUGCGCAAAAAUACUCCAAAUGCACAAGAAUACGCAAAAGUGCGUCUGUACUCUAAACACAAUAGAGUAAAAUACCAGCACCUACGGACAGGCGGAACAAUUACACACAACUCACUACAAACAAAACGAGACACUUAUAGGGAACAUAAUUAACACUAAAAGGAAACAGGUGUACAAGGAAGACAAAACCAAACAAACAUCGAUAACAUACAACGGUGGCAGCUAGUACUCCGGGGACGACGAACGCCGAAGCCUGCCCGAGCAAGGAGGAGGAGCAGCCUCGGCCGAAACCGUGACACCCUCUCACCAGGCUCGAAUUUGACUCACACAGUAUUACCUUACUUAGAAUAUCUGAACAGCAUGGGAUAUUAGGUGAGAAGGACAUCGCCAAUAAGAAUCCCUAUUGUAAACUUGCUAGGGUGAAUGACAAAUAGGGUAUUAACUUCAGAUAAAAUGAUUAUAGACUUGGUUAUUAUUAUAAGGAUAUGCUUUCCCAUGCAUUAAAUGAAACUGAAACAGUAAAUGACUCCACCAAUACAACAGACAUAAGGUUCAAUAUCUAUAUUAUCACAUUUUCUAUGUACCAUAUCAAAAGAAAUAAAAAUAAUAAACCCCAAUUAUUUUUCCUCAACCCAUUUCCAAAUUAUUUGAAGCUUGCUUAAACCCUGGGCGCCCGUUGGAGCUAAAAAAAAAUGACGACAUACAUAAAGUCCCGAAGUCCACCCCACAUUUGUAGUUACUCACUACUUGUAGAUAAUGCCUCAGCAAAGUAUAGCAGUUCCGUGCAUGUGUCCUCACUAGAUCCACAACGAACACAGCUAUCAAUGCAGCCAGUACUCCGUAGCAGCAACAGACAUCUCGUGGAAACCCGAACUCGUUGAUCGUCACAAGCAAUUCUCUCCAAGUCUCGCACGAUGCUAGGCUAACCUCUAGGAUGUCGAAUGUCUCCACAAUGCGACGGCAGCUUCAGUCUCCACUAGGUCUUUCUUAACGAAAUAAUAACACUCUCUUAUAUAAAUAAAAUCAGGAUUUCCCUUCAAAACUCUGUAGGUAUGGUUUUGUUCUCUCUUUAUCGUUUCCUUUAGUCGUUUUCCUUCACCAACCCCACUAACGUCUCUCCUCUCCCUUCUUUCAACCUUUUCCCUCUCUUUUCUUUUUUCCAGCAACCAGUCCACUCUCCCAUUGGCCACAACUUAACAAGUUACCUCAUUGGUCAAAACUUUGAUACGUGGGAAACUUAAACUUAAAAGUAAACCAACCUAUUCACUUGUACAUUUUUGAAACAUUGCUUCAAAAGAAAUGCAUUAACGACAUUACAAAUCAGGAGCUAUUCGAUCACCUUUUAAAUCUAAUACCAAUUAAUUAUAACAAAUAAACUCUAUACUUGGUUUUAGCAAGGGUAUUACACUAGGAAUAAGUUAGUCCUGAAUAUUUCCAAAACUAAAAUCAUUGUAUUUGGGUCAAAUAAAUCACUAAACCCUAAACCUCAAUUACAUCUCGUAAUGAAUAAUGUGGAAAUUUAGCAAGUUGAGGAGACUAAACUGCUUGGAGUAACCCUGGAUUGUAGACUGUCAUGGUCAAAGCAUAUUGAUACAACAGUAGCUAAGAUGGGGAGAAGUAUGUCCAUAAUUAAGCGCUGCUCUGCCUUCUUAACAACACUAUCAACAAGGCUGGUCCUACAGGCCCUAGUUUUGUCGCACCUAGACUACUGGUUAGUAGUGUGGUCAGGUGCCACAAAGAGGGACUUGGGAAAAUUGCAAUUGUCUCAGAACAGGGCAGCAUGGCUGUCCCUUAAAAGUGCACGGAGAGCUAACAUUAAUGACAUGCAUGUCAGUCUCUCCUGGCUCAGAGUGGAAGAGAGAUUGACUUCAUUACUGCUUGUUUUUGUAAGAGGUGUUGACAAGCUGAAUGUACCGAGCUGUCUGUUUAAACUACUAUCACACAGCUCGGAAACACAUGCAUAGCCCACAAGACAUGCCACCAGAGGUCUCUUCAUAGUCCCCAAGUCCAGAACAGACUAUGGGAGGCGCACAGUACUACAUAGAGCCAUGACUAAAUGGAACUCUAUUCCACAUCAGGUAACUGAUGUAAGCAGUAGAAUCAGAUAAAAAAAACAGGUAAAAAUACACUUUAUGGAACAACGGGGAUUGUGAAGAGACACACACAAGGGUAUAGUCACAUGCAUACGCACACAUUGUGAUAUUGUUGUAUGGUGGUAUUAAACAUUUUGUAUUGUAGAUAGGUAGUGGUGUAAUAAUGUCAUAUGAUGUAGUGUUUAAUAUUUUGUUUUAUAUGUAAUGUAAGUGCUUCAAUAUGUUUGGGGAUCCCUAAUAAAUACAAAUGACUAUGUUAUUAUUCAGUAUUCUAUGUUAUCAUGAUAUUGGGAUAUUAAUCAUGUCUCUGCCCCCUUUACCAGUUUGGCGGAACGGGAGCGAAUCGGCAUCCCCACGCUGGCGGAUUCGGCCGAUAGCCACGCCCACCCCCCGGCCAUCGUGAUCUAUGUGGUGGACCCCUUCCUGUGCUCAGGUGGAGCGAGGGAUGGCGGAGGAGGAGGUGGAGAGGAGGAGGAGGGAGAGGAGGUGGAGGGGGGCAGUGUGUGGUUACUAGGGCUGCUGCGUUGCUACACAGAGAUGCUACAGACAUUGCCGGAGAGCAUAAGACCAGCUCUGGUCUUACAGGUAGGAUCAAAUACUUAAUUGUACUCUCUAUAGCUUCUGUAUGGUUGAAUAUUAAUGAUUAUAUAGAUGAGAGACUGUGGGUAGCACCCUAAUCCCUAUAUAGUGCACUCCUCUUGACCAGGACCCUCUGGUCAAAUGGCAUGUACUCUAUAUGGAAUAGGGUGCUAAAACAGACAUUGUCUGACGUGUCCUAUCACGGCCAACAGUAAUGAAUAUCUCCCCAGAUCAAUCUGCUCUCAUACCAGAGUGUUCAUUCAUUCCCUAUGUGUUGUCCAGGUGGUGCCAUGUCAGUACCUGCUCCAGCCAGCCAGUGGUGAGAGCCCUCUGUACCUGCAGCACCUGCGCUCCCUGGCCUUCUCAACCUACUCCCAGUGCAGACGCCUCCUACCCACACAGACACACAUCAAGUCUCUGACCGGUUUCGGCCCCGCCUCCACCCUAGAAUCUGUGCUCAAGAGCCCAGAGGUAAGGCUUGGACAAACACACAUUUAUUGACAUGUACACCCAUUUAAACUCAGACCCAGGCUUCAAACACACUCACUCAGACACAUAAGUGCCUACCCAUUUAUCUACACAUCUCUCAUCUAUUUUUAACCCUAUCACUCCCGAGACCCCAGCAAAAAUAGGCUUUUCAUUUAUCUGACCUUCAUUUAUCUGCACGUCCAGCCCUUAUAUUUAGCCUCACAGUGAAGUGGUUUAUUAUUUUAUUUCCAGGACAACCAGGGCUACAAGUAGAACACAAAACAAUUUGACAUAAACACUUGCAUUCAUGAGUUUUAUUGACAAAUGUCAAUAAAAAAAGUAAUGUCCGCCAAAGCAAAAACCUGAUAAAAAUGGAUUUAUAUGAAUGCUGUAAGUACAUAAAUUGUUUGCUCACUGGGAAAUGAAUAUCCAACUAGUCAGUGACAACUGUGUGGAGUUUGUGACAGGAACUACUUGAGCUUAUUACAGUAUUAUAGACACUAUGUCCUGGGAUUUCCUAUGAUCGUCUAUGUAUAGGAACCCCUUACCUUCUAACGACUCUUGUGUAGCUUGUGGACAUCAUAGAGCAAAAAUGUUGCAUGUUCAUGGGAGUCUCAGCUUUUUUCAUAGAUAGCUUUUAAUAGUUUGUAGCUCAUACACAGAUUUAGUAUAAAACACGCGGCCCCCCUUCAGGAUCCGCCCUUGUUUCACAAACACAACUCUAGCUCAGCCCCCGGUAAUCACACAGACUAAUGGUUGUUAUCAAACACACAAUGUUUAGAAGGGGUUAGAAAUCCAAAACGCGGUGGUGUUACGGUGGGACUCAUUGGGUUAACUUGUAAAUAAACGCUUCAACUGUCUGACAAUCCGACUCUCUUUUCUCCCUCUCCCUCUCCCCCUCUCGCUCUCUCUCUCUCUCACUCUCUCACUCUCUCUCACUCCCCUUGUCCCCUCCCCAGCACCCCAGCCCUCUACUGGGCUACUCUCCCCUGUACAUCCUGGGUCCUACCCGUGCCAAGCAGCCGGAGCCAGGGGAGGUGUGGGCAGAGAUCCCUCCCAGGUACAACGUGCUGUUUGUGGGCUACUGCCUGUCCCACGACCAGCGCUGGAUCCUGGUCUCCUGCACCGACCAACAGGGAGAGCUACUGGAGACCUGCAUCAUCAACAUCGACGUGCCCAACAGGUACAGUCAAUCAGUCAGUCACUCAGUCACUCAGUUACUCAGGGCCUGGGAGAGUGUAGGAUACCUAUGGAGAGGUGUUAUAAUAUAAUAUAAUAUGCCAUUUAGCAGAUGCUUUUAUCCAAAGCGACUUACAGUCAUGUGUGCAUACAUUUUUACGUAUGGGUGGUCCCGGGGAUCGAACCCACUACCCUGGCGUUACAGGCGCCAUGCUCUACCAAUUGAGCUACAGAGGACCACAAUUGAGGUGUUGAUGAUAAUGUGCUAGUUGUAGCUAAUGUCAAACAUAGGCUGGGAUUUUUUGCAUUUUAUCCUUCAUUAUGUCUUCAUAGUAGGCUAGGCUAUAUUAUAUUGAGUAAAGUAAUACACUAUUGUAGCAUUUCGCAAUCUGCAGGAGAAUAGCAUGCACCUAUUUGGUUGUUGUAUUAAUACAGUUCAUGAUGCUAUAUAGACAUUACCAAGCGUUCUUCUUGUCUCUCCCUGCUCCUCUUCAGAGCGCGGCGGCCCAAGGUCUCGGCCAGGAAGAUGGGGCUGCAGAAGUUAUGGGACUGGUGUGUCGGCAUCAUCCAGAUGACCUCGCUGCCAUGGAGGAUCGUGAUUGGUCGGCUGGGCAGACUAGGACACGGGGAACUGAAAGGUGAGUUCGGCAUAGUACAGUAUAGAAUCCCUAAAUCUGUCUCAUUGUCCUUGCCGUUUGGUGUAGAAAUCUCCAAGGUGGAUCAUGACAACGUUUAAGUUAAGCUGAAGCUGGUGAUAUUGUUACAAGUUUAGCACUGAUUUUUCAAAUCUCUAGAUUUUCAGCCACAGUAUUUCAGUUGAUCCAGAGGAGAUGACAGUAGACUGUAGAACCAUUCACUGUAUUGACCUAACUCUCCCCCUCUCUCCUCCCCUCUCCCCCCUCUCCCAUCCCUCCCUCCCUCCCUCCAGACUGGAGCGUUCUCCUGGGGGAGCACUCCCUCCACUCCAUCAGUCGCCAGCUGAAGGAAGCGUGUCGUAUGUGCGGCAUCUCCUCCGCAGACUCCCCCUCCAUCCUCAGCGCCUGCCUGGUUGCCAUGGAGCCCCAGGGCUCCAUCGUGGUGAUGCCAGGUUAGCAACUGCAGCAGCAGCAUCAGCACCGCUGGGCCGGCCCAUGGAUGAUGUGUUUAAUGUACCUUCCAGAUCUAAUAAUCUAAUAGACAUAAUUAAUAUAUGUUUUAGAAGCUCACUCUAGGAGCCCUGGGGUUGCAGAUACACCAGGAUGUUAUGACCCAAAGGUGAACAGUGUGAUAGUAUGUUUAGCCCCAAUGCAUAGUACAGUGCAGAGGGAUACAAUCUUAAUAGAGAUGGCAGUAGUAAUGGGUGGAGGGUAAACUCUGAACGACACCUAGGAAUAGACAUAUUACUGCACUCAGGGAACACAUUGAGCUGCCACACAUUGAGGGAGCAUUUUGAGCUGCCACACUCACUUCACAGCACACAGUAAUGCAGACAUAGUGGAAAUUGCAGUACUUUGAGCCAAGGUUAGGCCAAGUGGAUUUUACAGUACAGACACUCUGCACUGUAACACAUUGUGCACAGCAAUACAAACUUUAGCACACUCAAAUGAUUUCAUUGCCAGCACACAGCAAGCUCUAUUGAGGUAAAUCACAAUACAACCUUACAUAACAUAUUGAUAAUAAGUUGUUUGUUUGCGUGUGUGUGUGUGUGCAGAUGCGGUUACAAUGGGCUCGGUGUUUGGUCGCAGCACUGCCCUCAACCUGCAGACGUCCCAGCUGAACACCCCUCAGGAUGCUUCCUGUACCCACAUCUUGGUAUUCCCCACCUCCGCCACCACCCAGCUGGCCGCCAGCUCCUACCCCACAGAGGACAACGCUGGUAAGGGCUCCACAUUAGACCUCCAUGUUAGCACCAUGUACUCCCUAACUGGAGUGCAUGGUGCAUACUGUAGCACAAUGCAGAGUGUUUUUAGAUGCAAGGUUAUUCAAUACAACCAAGAUGUUAGAGACAAUAACAUAUCUAAAAAAUAUUUACUUGAGCUGGAAAUCGCAAGGUUUAAUAUCAGUAACUAGCUUUUGUGUACUCAGUGUCUUACAGUUGCUGUUGCUGGAUUUAAUAUUAUGUGCAGUUCACACAUUUCCCCACCAGAGUGCGCAAUUGUCUAAGGAUUGUUUGCAUGCUCCCUUUGGAACUGUCACUGCUGUAAUGGUUUUAGAAGAAGAUACAGUGGACUACACUGUGUAGUCUACACCUCUUGUGUAUGACAUCUGAAGUUACGUGUGUACAUCUGUGGCUGACUAGAUAACUAACUAUCUGCUGUGUUUGUCUCCAGACGACAUGUUCGACCUGCCUUUCCCUGACGAGCUGGAGAAUGACAUAGGACAUGACAUUCUCAACCUUCACCCCUCCCCCAACACCUCCCCUGUACCCUCCCCUGGCUCCCCCUCUGGCAUGGGGGGAAGCUCACACUUCCAGCAUAACAGGGUGAGUUUAGGAACCAGGCUGUGACUCGAUUCAUGUGAAUUAUGCAGAACUUUUCCUGAUACUGUUGGUGGCCAUAUGUCCUUUAGGACAUUGGAAUGUUCUAGAAUCCUGCUUUAAAAUAACAAUGAGGGCCCAAUUUAAUCCGUAUCGUGGAAAUUCAGCUUUAGAGUGUGAUUGAAAUUUUAAGGCAAUAUUCCCGCUUUAGAAGAGAUUGCAUUCACGGUAAACGCUGCAUACAGUUGAAGUCGGAAGUUUACAUACACUUAGGUUGGAGUCAUUAAAACUUGUUUUUCAACCACUCCACAAAUGUCUUGUUAACAAACUAUAGUUUUGGCAAGUUGGUUAGGACAUCUACUUUGUACAUGACACAAGCAAUUUUUCCAACAAUUGUUUACAGACAGAUUAUUUCACUUAUAAUUCACUGUAUCACAAUUCCAGUGGGUCAGAAGUUUACAUACACUAAGUUGACUGUGCCUUUAAACAGCUUGGAAAAUUCCAGGAAAAUGAUGUCAUGGCUUUAGAAGAUUCUGAUAGGCUAAUUGACAUCAUUUGAGUCAAUUGGAGGUGUACCUGUGGAUGUAUUUCAAGGCCUACCUUCAAACUCAGUGCCUCUUUGCUUGACAUCAUGGGAAAAUCAAAAGAAAUCAGCCAAGACCUCAGAAAAGAAAUUGUAGACCUCCACAAGUCUGGUUCAUCCUUGGGAGCAAUUUCCAAACGCCUGAAGGUACCACAUUCAUCUGUACAAACAAUAGUACCCAAGUAUAAACACCAUGGGACCACGCAGCCAUCAUACCGCUCAGGAAGGAGACACGUUCUGUCUCCUAGAGAUGAACGUACUUUGGUGCGGAAAAUGCUAAAUCAAUCCCAGAACAACAGCAAAGGACCUUGUGAAGAUGCUGGAGGAAACAGGUACAAAAGUAUCUAUAUCCACAGUAAAGAAAAGUCCUAUAUCGACAUAACCUGAAAGGCCGCUCAGCAAGGAAGAAGCCACUGCUCCAAAACCGCCAUAAAAAAGCCAGACUACGGUUUGCAACUGCACAUGGCGACAAAGAUCGUACUUUUUGGAGAAAUGUCCUCUGGUCUGAUGAAACAAAAAUACAACUGUUUGGCCAUAAUGACCAUAGUUAUGUUUGGAGGGAAAAGGGGGUGGCUUGCAAGCCGAAGAACACCAUCCCAACCGUGAAGCACGGGGGUGGCAGCAUCGCGCUGUGGGGGUGCUUUGCUGCAGGAGGGACUGGUGCACUUCACAAAAUAGAUGGCAUCAUGAGGAAGGAAAAUUAUGUGGACAUAUUGAAGCAACAUCUCAAGACAUCAGUCAGGAAGUUAAAGCUUGGUCGCAAAUGGGUCUUCCAAAUGGACAAUGAACCCAAGCAUACUUCCAAAGUUGUGACAAAAUGGCUUAAGGACAACAGUCAAGGUAUUGGAGUGACCAUCAUAAAGCCCUGACCUCAAUCCUAUAGAAAAUGUGUGGGCAGAACUGAAAAAGCGUGUGCGAGCAAGGAGGCCUACAAACCUGACUCAGUUACACCAGCUCUGUCAGGAGGAAUGGGCCAAAAUCCAACCAACUUAUUGUGGGAAGCUUGUGGAAGGCUACCCGAAACGUUUGACCCAAGUUAAACAAUUUAAAGGCAAUGCUACCAAAUACUAAUUGAGUGUAUGUAAACGUCUGACCCACUGGGAAUGUGAUGAAACAAAUAAAAGCUUAAAUAAAUAAUUCUCUCUACUAUUAUUAUGACAUUUCACAUUCUUAAAAUAAAGUGGUGAUCCUAACUGACCUAAGACAGGGAAUUUUUACUCUGAUUAAAUGUCAGGAAUUGUGAAAAACUGAGUUUAAAUGUAUUUGGCUAAGGUGUAUGUCAACUUCCGACUUCAACUGUAUGUCGCCUCAAUCGGAAAUUACCUUAACAUUUCUAUCGCGGAAUCUGUAACGCUUCAGUGAUACAGAUUGAAUAGUUUAUGCCUGUGUUAUGGUGUGGCGCUAUGGUCCAUAACUAAAAUCCUAUGGUGUACUUCAGUAAUGUUCAGUGCACAGGCAUCUGUGAUAGUCGAAAAUAGAGCAGCUGUGUGGUCUGGUCUUUGGCAGCCAUGUUGCCCCCAGUAUUAAUGUUCCUUCUGUCCCAUGUGCUCCUCCAGAGUCAGGGAGAGAGGCUUCUGUCCAGGGAGAACCCUCCAGAGGAGCUGAAGCAGCAGCCUCUAGCCCUGGGAUACUACGUCUCCACUGCCCAGGCCGACAGCCUGCCUCACUGGUUCUGGGCCUCCUGCCCUCAGGCUCAGAACCAGUGUCCACUCUUCCUCAAGGUAAGGGAUCCAUGUACUCGUUGAUUUUGUUUGCGCUCGUGGGGAUGGGGGGGGGGUGUAUGUCUGUGCGUGCGUGUGCGUUCAUUCUUUUGUGUGUGUUUGUACAUCUGUGUGUGUUCAGCCACUUACCCUGUGUUUUUCCCCUCCAGGCAUCCCUACACCACCACAUCUCCAUCGCCACAGCCCAAUCAGACGAGCCCAACCAGACGAGCUCAGACAAGACGACUAAGAGGACGGCUCACCCUCUGGACUCCAAGACCACCUCUGACGUGCUCAGGUUAGUAGGUCUCUGCUGUAUGCCCUUUACCCACUGCCCAUCCCAUCCUACCUUCUCCUACUGUAUAACAACCUAACAUCUCCUCUUCUCUCACUCCGAUACAUAGGUUGUCGUUGUCACUGACUUGUCCUCUGUGGUGAAGUAGUAGCUGUAUGCCUGCAUCAUUUGUAGGCUGUAGAGGACAACACUUCAUCUACUAUGAUGUAUGUUCACGUUAUGUGUUCUCUACUCUAACCCCAAACCCUGGUCCUCAUGUCUUGCGUCCUAUUGUAGGUUUGUGUUGGAGCAGUACAACGCCCUCUCGUGGCUGACGUGUAACCCUGCCACCCAGGACCGCCGCUCCUGCCUGCCUGUCCACCUAGCCGUGCUCACACAGAUGUACAAUGCCGUCCUCAACAUGCUUUAG